AUGCCUCCAAAUAGGGGAUGUAAAGCAACAAAAGAAAUUUAUAAAAAUAUUAAAUAUAUACGUCAAUAUACCUCUAAUUUUAUUUUAUUAUGUAUUAUUUUUUCAAUUUUAAAAAAUGCAGAAGCAAUGCUUGAUGUUUCUUGGUGGUCAUCGGUUGCCCAGUUAAGUAGCCAACUUAAUUUACAACAACAAUUAGAGGAAUUAAAAGACCAACAAAAUCCAAAUAAUUUUUACUAUCAAGAAAAUAAUCAGAACAAUUAUCCUAAACAACAAUACCCUCCUUCACCUUCCACAGAAUGUACAGAAUUAAAAGGGCUUUCACCUGGACAGAAAAGAAUUUGCGAACUCUUCAAAGAUCACAUGCCGGCGGUUGGAAAUGGUGCAAAACAGGCUAUUUCUGAAUGUGAAUGGCAAUUCCGACAUCACCGCUGGAAUUGUUCAACACCUAGAGAGCUGAAAGGGCAUAUUGGACCUGUGCAUAAAAGAGGUACUAGAGAGGCAGCAUUUACCUAUGCAAUUAUGUCUGCAGGCGUUACCCAUGAAAUUGGUCGUCGUUGUCGUCUCGGGCUGCUUAAAAGUUGUGGGUGUGCUGCUGCAGAGUCUAGGCCGCAACAACAAAAUAUUAAUGAUGACUGGACUUGGGGAGGUUGUGGGGAUAAUAUCGACUAUGGAUAUAGAUUUUCGCGUGACUUUGUGGAUGUUCGAGAGAAGGAGGAAAGUAUUAAACGAGAUGCUGAAGGUCAUGGUCGUUCUUUAAUGAAUCGGUGGAAUAAUGAAAUUUUAAAAAGACAUACAAAACCUAAAUGUAAAUGUCAUGGAGUUAGUGGUUCUUGUAAUUUAAAAACUUGUUGGAUGCAAUUACCUCCAAUUCGCCAAAUUGGCAACAUUUUACAAGCCAAAUACCGUACUGCCCGACGUAUUCAAAUCAACAGUCGGGGCAAUAUGCAAUUUGAGGACCCAAUACUACCUUCAUUAACCCAACAACAAAAAACAAAUUAUCCAUUAGAAAGAAGUCAAAAACGAAGAGCUUUAAAUGAAAAACAGAAACAAAGAAGAAGACAAAGAAAUAAUAAUAAUAAUAAUCGAGCAUUGACAGAUUUAGUUUAUUUGGUAAAUUUUAAAAAUAAGUGUGAGGGUUGUUAA